AUGGCUGAAUAUGUCAUCUGUUUUCGAUUCCGUGCUUCCAACAACGAAGCCGAAUAUGAAGCCCUCUUGGCGGGUCUCCGGCUUACCAAGAGCAUGGGUGCCAAACGGCUGACGAUAUGUAGCAACUACCAACUAGUCGUCAACCAAGUAAUCAUCGAAUUCGAGGCAAAGGACGAGUCCAUGGCAGCCUAUCUCGCACAGACCCGCCGAUUGCUUGAUAAGUUCAAAACAUACCAAAUCCGACAGAUCCCCAGAUCUGAGAAUAGUCAUGUCGAUGCUCUCUCAAGGCUCGCCUCAACAAUUGAUGAUUGCGUCAGAUGCCACGUCCCAAUAGAGGUCCUCACUUGGCGAAGCACACACGAAGCCGAAGUCAACACUAUUCGGCAGGGCCCAAGUUGGAUGGAUCCAAUCCAAGCCUACCUCAUCGAUGGCACCCUCCCAAUUGACAAAGCUGAGGCCAAAUCUAUCCAGCGCCGAUCGGCGCGGUACCUUCUCUUGCAAAACAUCCUCUAUCGACACGGCCACUCCCUAUCGUUGCUGCGAUGUGUUGCGCCGCAACAGGGGGACUAUAUCGUACGAGAAAUACACGAGGGCACGUGUGGCGACCAUUCGAAAUCCCGAUCUUUGGCCUUCAAAGCCAUUCGACAAGGCUACUAUUAG